GAAGUAAGAAAGAAAAUUAAGAAAAUGGCUUUAGAUUCUGCAAUUAUCCCUCUCAUGACCCCUUAUCAAAUGGGUAACUUCCAUCUUUCUCAUAGGAUUGUUUUAGCGCCAUUGACUCGACAAAGGUCGUAUGGAAAUGUUCCUCAACCACAUGCAAUUCUAUAUUACUCCCAACGGGCGUCAAACGGUGGUAUGCUCAUUACUGAAGCAACUGGAGUUUCUGACACCGCUCAAGGGUACUCGGAUACACCUGGUAUAUGGACAAAAGAGCAAGUUGAAGCAUCGAAACCUGUUAGUUGAGACGAUUAAUACAAGAGGGGAGGGGGGUGAAUUAUAUAGAGUUCCUAAUGACUACUUUUUGCGGAUAAAUAAACAAUGCGUAUAGGAACUUAAGAAAACACACAGAUUUUACGAGGAAACCUUCCAGGGCCCAACUGGAAGUAUAACCUCGACACUACCUUAGGGUUUUCAAACACAAAACACUUUACUAUAAUAGGGCAAACACCGAGUUACAAUCUAUUAGACACAGACCUUUAUUUCACAAGUUCCUCACUAGACUUGCUACUUGAUAGGACCCUAUCCUACCCAAUCUAAGCACCACACUUAGAUUCACUCGUACCACGCACCAAAGUACUACACGUACUGCCAAAGUACAAAACACUCGUACCACCCCAGUACAAAACUCACAGCCUCACCAAGAAGCUCACACAAAACUGUAUGUAACACAAACUAUAAAUAUCACCCAAAUAACCCAACCAAUACAAAUAUAAGACGCCUAUUAUGAUAGGUAAGCAAUGCAUGAAAUCCGAAACUAAUAUGAUAAGUUAAAAGCUUGGUAAACUUACUCAGUUAAAGCACUGUGAUUUCUCCACGCAUAAACUCACAAAAACUAAAAUCAUUUUGUUCUCUACUAUUUAUACAAGUAACACUUGUAUAGAAAGUAGGUUUUCUAAAAAGAUAAAUAUGUUAACUUGACUUAUCUUUUAAACACGGUUUUAGCAAAUCAAGUGAAAUAGAAU